GGCAGCGGUGACGUCACGGGGCUAGCUGACAGAACCCGGGCGCCGGGCGCUCGGGAGGUAUUGUCCGUCCCUCCGGGCUUUGUAGAAUCGUCGCCGGCUUACCUGGCCGUGGGCGCGUCCUGGCCGCUGCAGCCCGGAGCAGGGUGCCAGCCGCCGCCGCCGCCAUGGUGUCCCCGGUCACUGUGGUGAAGAGUGAAGGACCCAAACUGGUGCCGUUCUUCAAGGCCACCUGCGUGUAUUUUGUGCUCUGGCUGCCCUCAUCUAGCCCAUCGUGGGUCAGCACCCUCAUCAAGUGCCUGCCCAUCUUCUGCCUCUGGCUCUUCCUUCUGGCCCAUGGCCUGGGAUUCCUGCUGGCCCACCCCAGCGCCACCCGCAUCUUUGUGGGGCUUGUCUUCUCUGCUGUAGGUGACGCCUUCCUCAUCUGGCAGGACCAAGGAUACUUCGUACAUGGUCUGCUGAUGUUUGCUGUGACCCACAUGUUCUACGCCUCGGCCUUUGGCAUGCGGCCACUGGCUCUUCGGACAGGUCUGGUGAUGGCAGCGCUGUCGGGCCUGUGCUAUGCCCUCCUCUACCCAUGCCUCUCAGGUGCCUUCACCUACCUGGUGGGGGUCUAUGUGGCCCUUAUUGGCUUCAUGGGCUGGCGAGCUAUGGCAGGGCUGCGGCUGGCCGGGGCAGACUGGCGCUGGACAGAGCUGGCAGCUGGCAGUGGUGCACUCUUCUUUAUCAUCUCAGACCUGACCAUCGCCCUCAACAAAUUCUGUUUUCCUGUGCCCUACUCUCGGGCGCUUAUCAUGUCCACCUACUAUGCGGCCCAGAUGCUCGUCGCCUUGUCAGCUGUCGAAAGCCGGGAGCCUGUGGAACACUACAGACUGACCAAGGCCAACUGAGGUGCCAGGGUCUGGUCACCCCUCUCUCCUCCUGGGGCUGGGGCCCAGAUCCUGGGAACCUGCAGGAGCUGGAUCAGGAUGGCUGCAGUGCCAGCCUGGGGCAGCAGGUACUGCCUGAGGAAUUUGCAAGUUCGUGUGGGGAGUCUGGAAAAGGAUCUCCCUAGCAGAACUCGUGGUUCAGGACAAUGCUGAGAGCUAAAAGAGCCAGCCUAAUAUCAGACUGGAGCCAGAAGUAGACAUCUCCCCACCUCUACCCUAUCAGGACUUUCAAAACCCCCCUGGAAGGUGAUGGUGCUCAGCUUCUUGACACCCCCCACCCCCACUUCCCCUACCAGGUGGAAGAGUCUGACUCCAUGUGUUAUGCCUAGGACCAAUGGCAGUGCUGGGUUCACCCACUCCUCCCCUUUUUCAUCUGCACAAAGUUGAGGGAAACGGGAGAAUCGGUGCUGAGAAGACUCAGACCCAGGAGCCCCUUUCACAGGCCCCUAGUUGGGAAGACUGGAUGAGAGUGGAGCCUCCAUUUCUUUUCCCUCUUCUAUCCUUGUUACUUGAACAAUCUCAGUCUCUAAGUGGUGGGUGGGGACGUGAAGAGGUGUGGGUCCAGGUUAGGCAGGAGAGAGAACUUCUUUGGUCUCGGAGCUUGGGGUCUCAAGAAUUCAAGUAGCCCCAUCUCUCUCUCAGGCAAGCCCAAAGCUCAGGUCCCAUACGCUACCCUUAGAUCCUAUCCCCAGGGCUAGGGUGAACCAUGCCAAAGGAAGGGGCCAGCUUCUCUGUGUGUGUGUGUAGCCUGUCUCCUAGUCUGCCUAUGUCUUUCUCUGCUAUAUGUUUCUGUCCUGCUGUCUGUCAAAAGUCUCACAGAGAGAGGGCCUCAGGGAGCUGCUGAGGGGUGGUGAGCCUGGCUCAGGGAGCUGGGACCCCUCCCCUCCAACACACAUACUCACAGUGCUUUCCUCCUUGUCCCUCCUACACUAGGAGCAAGAGGAGGGGGCUCCAAUGACACUCCGGGGUUUUAAGACCCAAGGCACAUUCAAUGCAAGGGGAGCAAGGAUGGGACAACUCCAUCUUCUGCUGCCCAUGUGAAAAAUAAUAAAAAUCAAGAGCCAUUGGCUGCCCUGCUUGUGGGCCUGUGUGGCACAUGCCUAUCUUGGAGAGGGCAUGGGGGCAUGGUGCCAGAGGCUCUGGCUGUCCUCACAGCCUAGUCACAGUCCUGGGCAGUGCAUCCUGGUGCCAGGCUGGCUACCUGGCUCUGGUGACACUGUGCCGGUUGGAGUGUGUCUCACUUCCCUGGUGUGGGUGAGGAUGUGGUUUAGGAGGAUGGGGGAUGAGUGGUAUUUGCCACUGUCCAAAUUUGUCCUUGAUGUACUCCCCUGUGCACAGGUGCCCAGCACCCUUGGUGACCUUUAGUUACCCAGUGUCAUCUAUUGCUGCCCACCUCCUCCCCUCCCCACUUGAGACCUGCUGCUUCCUUCAAAAUGAUACAGAUUCCCUUCAAGCAUCUCCCUCAUCCUGGACUCUGGGCUUAGUUGAACAGCUGGGAGCAAUGGGAUUAGAUUGGCUGAUUCAUUCAUUAGUUGUAAAGCCCUGGCAGAAUAAUACAUCAGUCUGCUCCAGGAGCAUUUGUAACUUAACAGACAAUGCCCUAACCCAGAAGUAGAAAGGGAAGCCUUGGGUGGUGGUGGAUAUGCCAUCAGUAGAGGUGUUGCUCAUUUGUGGGGAUGUGAUUUAGGAGACUCAAGUCUCAUGGGUGGUUGGAUGAAUCAGUGAUUUCCAAAUUAGUUUUUACAGAGAUUCCUGGUAAGGGGGUAGCGAAGGAAUAAUGAGAGAAGGCAGGCUCAAAGACCUCCUAUGCUUAUUUCAAGUCCAGUAGCUUCUUAGGUUGUGUUUUUUUUGUUUUGUUUUGUUUUGGAAGGAUUCCACUGAAAAACGUAAGUUUGAAACUUAGUGAGCUGGAUGAUCAAUCCCUUCUAGCUCUGAACCCUGGACACUAAAGAGGGAAGAUCUUGAUCCUUUCAAACUUCAGAACUCUGAACACAGACCUACCUAGUGUGAAGAAAUGGGAGGGAGCAGGAUGGAGAGAAGGAUGAAGUCAGCAGGACUUGCCCCCAAGCUCUGAGGGGAGGGGGAAAGUGCCAUGUAGAUGUGGAGGAGGGGAAGGGAAGACCAGGCCCAGUCACAAGAAGGCUGGUCACUGCCUUGUGCGUGGGUUUGGACUAGGCUUUCAGGGGUCCAGGUCUGGGAUUCCCUAUCAUGCAAUCACAUCCAUCCCCUUGGUCCCUGCUGUAUAUCACCCUCAGGAACAUGAAAGGAUGAGUUUAGUUUAUUGCCCCAUCCCUUCACUGAAUGUUUACAUUAACAAACACCAGAGAGCAAACUGGGCUUCCUACACUGGGCCAUGCAGAGGACAGGCCAAGAAACUCCACAUCAUAACAGCCUCCUGAUGCCUGGGCUUGGCUGGAGCUCACAUAAGGUGCUUUGAUUUCUUCUGCAGACUCUCGGUGAUGGAUGCUACAAUUGACUUAUCAUCUUUGUCUGAAAGAGCAAAGGAAGUAUUCGUUAUAUUAAUGAUGCUGGCGACCAGGGAAAUUCCAAACUGCUGGACUUCCUAUGCAGGAAACCAGGAGCUGGACCCUGGGACCCUUAAUCUUGGGUUGGCAGAGUGUGAAGGGGCAAGAGCUGCCAUUUAUCUAGCACUUAAUAUUUGCCAGACAUUGUGCCAGGCAGUUCUGUACUGUCUCAUUUAAGCCUCAUAGUCCUAUAAAGAAGAUGAGAAAACAGGCUCAAUGAGGUAGCUUGCUAAGGUCACAUGGCUGGUCAGUGGCAGAGCCAGGGCCCUGGGCCCAUUUGCUAUGCUUACAACCAGAUUUGAGUUAUCAGGGAUCUCUUUAGCUGUGGAAUGAAAGCUGGAUAGCACCCACAGUGCCUUCCCUGGCCUAGUUCUUUUACACAGCUCAGCAGCCUCUCUGGAGAUAUUGUCUCAGUGCCAGACACUUAGCUAAGCACUCGAGAGACAGAGCAACAGGACAAGGUCCUUUCCCCAAAGAAAGGUAUCUAUAACUGGAUAAAAAAGGUCUGUAACCAUGGAGACCACAGCAAUGGAGUGUCAUGGAAGGUUCAGGAGUAGCAGAAGGUGAGAUGAGAGGUGGGGGAGGGGGAAACCUUCUUCGUUUGGGAUUUUACCAUGAGAGGAAAGCUGGGGGAAAUUUAAGCAACAGAAAGCAAGGCAGGCCAGCUUUGCAUUUAGAGUUCACGCUGCUAGCUGUGUGGCUAUGAAGACAGUAGACUGGGAAGGAAUAAAAUGCUUCCCCCUA